CUUUGGGUGAAGGUUCAUUGCGGUGAUAGUACAGCGUAGCAUUAGCAGUCUGUGACAAUUAAUCGUUUUAGCUACAAUGUCUGGCCGUGUUCUUGUUGGAGUUAAACGUGUCAUUGACUAUGCAGUCAAGAUCCGUGUAAAGCCAGAUCACACUGGUGUGGUCACAGAUGGCGUAAAACACUCGAUGAACCCCUUCUGUGAGAUCGCUGUGGAGGAGGCGGUCAAACUGAAGGAGAAAAAGCUCAUUAAAGAAGUUGUGGCUGUCAGCUGUGGGCCACAGCAGUCACAGGAAACCAUUCGUACUGCCCUUGCCAUGGGAGCUGACCGUGGCAUUCAUGUGGAAGUCAGUGGGAAAGACUACGAAUCCCUCGGACCCCUGCAAGUCUCCAAAAUCCUGGCUGCUUUGGCCAAAAGCGAAGAGGCUCAACUCGUCAUCCUCGGCAAACAGGCCAUCGAUGAUGACUGUAACCAGACUGGCCAGAUGACAGCGGCCUUACUGGACUGGCCUCAGGGUACCUUUGCAUCAGAGGUUUCGUUGGAAGAAGGGAAGGUUAAGGUGGUCCGAGAGAUUGAUGGUGGYCUAGAGACUAUUAGGAUCAACACACCAGCAGUGCUGACUGCAGACCUCAGACUCAACACCCCRAGAUAUGCUACCCUGCCUAACAUUAUGAAAGCUAAAAAGAAGAAGAUUACAAACGUGAAGCCUGCAGAUUUGGGGGUGGACCUCACGUCCCGGUUGGAGGUGCUGAGCGUUGACGAGCCCCCGCAGAGACAAGCAGGGAUAAAGGUGGAGACGGUGGAAGACCUGGUGAGCAAGCUGAAGGAGGUCGGAAAAGUUUAGAGGAGCAAAAGCAAAGGAGCGCACAAGCCAACAGUGAYGACUCUGUGAUGAAUAACUGGACUGUAAGGCAUUAGCACACCCACAGGAUGGGUUUAUGAGUCAGUUUUUCCCCUUGUUUAAACUGCAGCUCCUGAUGAUGAGCAGGGAGGUACUAACAGAAGAGGAACAUUACUGAGAAACAUUGUCUUGUGUCCAGACAACUCCAGAAAAAAUAUUGUCUAUGAUGUAAAUUUUAACUUUAAUAGGUGGUCCAACUGUAUCUUUUAAUCUUAAGGUAACGGAUUUCAUGCAGUAAAUUAAAGUUAGAAACUUUAUGAAGUUCAGGUUUUUGAUUGUAUAAACUGUACACUAAUUCCACCUGUACAAUAAAUCUGCCAGCUGCAGCUUUUUAAUCUUGUAAUGCCACACAUCUUCAGAGAUGUGAGUGAUUUGUGUAGAUAUGGACCCAGACACGUAGGGAUGAUUAUGUCCUUCGAGAUUAACAUCACCACUGCUGUUAAAACUGUACAGUUAAUGUAUCUGUGACUUUGUUUAGAGUUGAUCAGACAGUGUGUCUCAGUAUGACUGCGGGGAGAUCAUCAUAAAUCUGAAUUUUACCACAAACGCCUCAUUUCUCUGUUGAUUGUACAGAAUAUCACCAUAAAAUAAAGCCAGUCUUUUUCACACACAGA